UGGGGAGUUGGAGGCGACAGCGGCUACGACUCCGGAUUCUCCUGGUGACGGGGAGUGUGUGGCGACGGCGACGGUCACAGAGCAGGUGAGACUUUAAGAAUAUUUGUUUCAAGAGUUGAUGAGCACAAAUUAAGAAUCUAAAUGUUACAGCAGUGUUGAACAAUUGCUCGGUCAUGAGCACGGACAGUAAUUCAUUGGCACGUGAAUUUCUGACAGAUGUCAACCGGCUUUGCAAUGCAGUGGUCCAGAGGGUGGAAGCUAAGGAGGAAGAAGAGGAGGAGACACACAUGGCAACGCUUGGACAAUACCUUGUUCAUGGCCGAGGAUUUCUGUUGCUUACCAAGCUAAAUUCUAUCAUUGAUCAGGCAUUGACAUGCAGAGAAGAACUCCUUACUCUUCUCCUGUCACUUCUUCCGCUGGUAUGGAAGAUACCUGUUCAAGAAGAAAAGGCAACAGAUUUUAAUCUGCCAUUCUCAAUUGAUAUAAUCCUGACCAAAGAAAAGAACUCAAGUUCACAAAGAUCUACUCAGGAAAAAUUAUAUUUAGAAGGAAGUGCCCCAUCUGGUCAGGUUUCUGCAAAAGUAAACAUUUUUCGAAAAAACAGACGACAGCGUACAAUUACCCAUCGCUAUUCUAUAAGAGAUGCAAGAAAGACGCAGCUUUCCACCUCAGAUUCAGAGGUCAAUUCGGAUGAGAAAAGUACAGUGAGGAUUAAGCGCAGACGGUCCCAUCUGCUGCCGCAGUUUGUAACACAGCCUCCUAAAGAAGACCACCUUACAGCAAAACUUGACCACUUACCAACCAAAGAAAAACAGACGCCUCCUGACGCCAUGGCUUUGGAAAAUUCCAGAGAGAUUAUUCCAAGGCAGGAGUUAAACACUGACAUUUUAAGUGAGCCAGCUGCCUUGUCUGUUAUCAGUCACAUGAACAAUACACCAUUUGAUUUAUGUCAUGUUUUAUUAUCUUUAUUAGAGAAAGUUUGUAAGUUUGACAUUGCCUUGAAUCAUAAUUCUGCUCUAGCAGCCAGUGUAGUACCCACACUGACUGAAUUCCUAGCAGGCUUUGGGGACUGUUGUAAUCAAAACGACACUUUGGAGAAUCAAAUGGUUUCUGCAGGUUGGACUCAAGAACCGGUGGCUUUGAUUCAACGUAUGCUUUUUCGAACAGUGUUGCAUCUCAUGUCAGUAGAUAUUAGUACUGCAGAGGUGAUGCCAGAAAGUCUUAGAAAAAAUUUGACUGAAUUGCUUAGAGCAGCUUUAAAAAUUAGAACUUGCCUAGAAAAACAGCCUGACCCCUUUGCACCGAGACAAAAGAAAACACUACAGGAGGUUCAGGAAGUUUUUGAAUUUUCGAAGUAUCGUCAUAGAGCCCUUCUUUUACCGGAGCUUCUAGAAGGAGUUCUACAGAUCCUGAUCUGUUGUCUUCAAAGUGCAGCUUCAAAUCCCUUUUUCUUCAGUCAAGCCAUGGAUUUGGUUCAAGAAUUCAUUCAGCAUCAUGGGUUUAAUUUAUUUGAAACAGCAGUUCUUCAAAUGGAAUGGCUGGUUUUAAGAGAGAGCAUUCCUACUGAGGCCUCAGAACAUUUAAAAGUCCUAGUAAAUAGUGUGAUGAAAAUCAUGAGCACUGUCAAAAAAGUGAAAUCAGAGCAACUUCAUCAUUCAGUAUGUACAAGAAAAAGACACAGACGAUGUGAAUAUUCUCACUUUAUGCAUCACCACCGAGACCUCUCAGGCCUUCUGGUUUCAGCUUUUAAAAACCAGGUUUCCAAAAACCCAUUUGAAGAGACUGCAGAUGGAGAUGUUUAUUAUCCUGAGCGGUGCUGUUGUAUUGCAGUGUGUGCUCAUCAGUGUUUACGCCUACUGCAGCAGGCUUCCUUGAGUAGCACUUGUGUCCAGAUUCUAUCAGGUGUUCAUAAUGUUGGAAUAUGCUGUUGUAUGGAUCCCAAAUCUGUAAUCAUUCCUUUGCUCCAUGCUUUUAAAUUGCCAGCACUGAAAAAUUUUCAGCAGCACAUACUGAAUAUCCUUAACAAGCUUAUUUUGGAUCAGCUAGGAGGAGCUGAGAUAUCACAGAAAAUUAAAAAAGCAGCUUGCAAUAUUUGUACUGUUGACUCUGAUCAACUAGCCAAAUUAGAGGAGACACUGCAGGGAAGCUCAUGUGAUGCUGAGCCUUCCUCGAGUUUAUCCAGUCCUUCUUACAGAUUUCAGGGGAUCCUGCCCAGCAGUGUUUCUGAAGAUUUGUUUUGGAAAUGGGAUGCCUUAGAGGCUUAUCAGAACUUUGUUUUUGAAGAAGACAGAUUACAUAGUAUACAAAUUGCAACUCACAUUUGCAAUUUAAUGCAGAAAGGCAAUAUAGUUGUUCAAUGGAAAUUGUAUAAUUACAUAUUUAAUCCUGUGCUUCAAAGAGGAGUUGAAUUAGCACAUCACUGUCAACAUCUUAGCAUUAUGUCAACUCGAACUCAUAUAUGUAGCCAUCAAAACCAGUGUUUGCCUCAGGAAGUGCUUCAGAUUUAUUUAAAAACUCUGCCUGCUCUGCUUAAAUCAAGAGUAAUAAGAGAUUUGUUUUUAAGUUGUAAUGGAGUAAAUCAAAUAAUUGAAUUAAAUUACUUAGAUGGUAUUCGAAGUCAUUCCUUAAAAGCAUUUGAAACUCUGAUAAUCAGCCUUGGGGAACAGAAGAAAGAGUCUUCAGUUCCAGGUAUUGAUGGCUUAGACACUGACCAGAAGGAGCUGUCAUCUGUAAAUGUAGGUACUGUUCAUAACCAGCAAGCUUAUUCAGAGUCUCCUCAGAGUCUUAGCAAAUUUUAUGCUGGCCUCAAAGAAGCUUACCCAAAGAAAUGGAAGACUGUUAACCAGGAUAUUCACAUCAACACGAUAAACCUGUUCCUCUGUGUGGCAUUCUUAUGUGUGAGUAAAGAAGCAGAAUCUGAUAGAGACUCAGCCAAUGAUUCAGAAGACACUUCUGGCUAUGACAGUACAGCAAGUGAGCCUUUGCCUCAUAUGCUGCCAUGUUUGUCUCUCGAGAGCCUUGUCCUGCCUUCUCCUGAACAUAUGCACCAGGCAGCAGACAUUUGGUCCAUGUGUCGUUGGAUCUACAUGUUGAGUCCAGUUUUCCAGAAACAGUUUUAUAGGCUUGGUGGUUUCCAAGUGUGCCAUAAAUUAAUAUUUAUGAUAAUACAGAAACUAUUUAGGAGUCACGAAGAAGAUCAAGGUAAAAAGGAAGGAGAUGUAAGUGUAAAUGAAAACCAGGAUUUAAACAUAACUUCUCAAUCUGAGAUCUUUGUGAAAGAAGAUGUGUUAUCUUUGACAGUCGAAAGUGAUUCUCUACCACCAGAACUGGGUAAUCUAAAAAAGAGUGCUGAUAGUUUGGGUAACUUAGAAUCACAGAAUAUUUCUUCCAUAAAUGUGGAACAAAUUUCAGCAACUGAAGCUGCUCCUGAGGAAGCAAAUAUAUUUACAAGUCAAGAAAGUGAGACUUCACUUCAGAGCAUACGACUUUUGGAAGCCCUUCUGGCCAUUUGCCUUCAGAGCACUAGAGUUAGUCAACAAAAGAUAGAAUUGGAGUUACCUAAUCAGAACUUGACUGUGGAAAAUAUAUUGUUUGAAGUGAAGGACCACCUUUCCCAGUCAAGGGUGAUUGAAACGGAAUUAGCAAAGCCUUUAUUUGACGCGCUGCUUCGAGUUGCACUGGGGAAUCAUUCAGCAGACUUUGAACAUGAUGCUAUGACUGAGAAGAGUCAUCAGUCUGAAGAAGAAUUGUCCCAACCUGUUGAUUUUUCAGAAGAAGCUGAGGAUCCUCAGUGUUGUAAUUUUAGACUUCUGAUUGAAGAAGAAGGUUAUGAAGCAGAUAGUGAAAGCAAUCCUGAAGAUAGUGAAACCCGAGAUGAUGGUAUAGACUUACAGCCUGAAGCAGAGGAGUUCAGUGCACCAAGCAGUCCAAAUGAUUUACUUGAAAACCUCACUCAAGGGGAAUUAAUAUAUCCCGAGAUUUGUAUGCUGGAAUUAAAUUUACUUUCUACUAGUAAAGCCAAACUUGAUGUACUUGCCCAUGUAUUUGAGAGUUUUUUGAAAAUCAUCAGGCAGAAAGAAAAGAAUGUUUUUCUGCUCAUGCAACAGGGAACUGUGAAAACUCUUUUAGGAGGCUUCUUGAAUAUUUUAACACAAGCUGAUUCCAAUUUUCAAGCAUGCCAGAGAGUAUUGGUCGACCUUUUGGUAUCUUUGAUGAGUUCAAGAACAUGUUCAGAAGAGCUAACCCUUCUUUUGAGAAUAUUUCUGGAGAAAUCUCCUUGUAUAGAAACUCUUCUUCUGGGUAUUCUGAAAAUUAUUGAAAGUGAUAUUAUUAUGAGUCCUUCACAGUAUCUAACCUUCCCUUUACUGCAUACCCCAAAUUUAAGCAAUGGCAUUUCAUCACAAAAGUGUCCUGGGAUUCUAAAUAGUAAGGCCAUGGGAUUACUGAGAAGAGCACGAGUUUCCCGGGGUAAGAAAGAGGCUGACAGUGAAAGUUUCCCCCAGCAGCUGCUUUCCUCUUGGCACAUAGCCCCAGUCCACCUGCCAUUGUUGGGACAAAACUGCUGGCCACACCUGUCAGAAGGCUUCAGUGUUUCACUGUGGUUUAAUGUGGAGUGCGCCCAUGACACUGAGAGUACCACUGAAAAAGGAAGGAAGAUGAAGAAGAGAAGCAGAUCAUUAAUUUUACGUGAUAAUAGUUUUGAUGGAACAGAGAACAACAGACUGGAAGGUGCAGAGUACAUAAAUCCUGGUGAUAGACUCAUAGAAGAAGGUUGUAUUCAUAUGAUUUCACUGGGAUCCAAAGCAUUGAUGAUCCAAGUGUGGACUGACCCCCAUAGUGCCACUUUUAUCUUUCGUGUGUGCAUGGAUUCAAAUGAUGAUACAAAAGCUGUUUUACUAGCACAGGUUGAAUCACAGGGAAAUAUUUUCCUCCCAAGCAAAUGGCAACAUUUAGUCCUCACCUACUUGCAGCAGCCCCAAGGGAAAAAAAGUAUCCAUGGAAAAAUCUCGAUGUGGGUCUCUGGACAGAGGAAACCUGAUGUCAUUUUGGAUUUUAUGCUUCCAAGGAAAACAAGUUUGUCAUCUGAUAACAAUAAAACCUUUUGUAUGAUCGGCCAUUGUUUAUCAUCCCAAGAAUACUUUUUGCAAUUGUCUGGAAAAUGGGACCUGGGAAAUUUACUCCUCUUCAAUGGAGCUAAGAUUGGUUCACAAGAAGCCUUUUAUCUUUAUGCUUGUGGCCCCAACCAUACAUCUAUUAUGCCAUGUAAAUACGGCAAACCUAUAAAUGACUACUCCAAAUACAUUAAUAAAGAAAUUUUGCAAUGUGAACAAAUCAGAGAACUGUUUUUGACCAAGAAAGAUGUGGACAUUGGUCUCUUAAUUGAAAGUCUUUCGGUUGUUUAUACAACUUAUUUUCCAGCUCAGUAUACUAUCUAUGAACCAGUUAUUAGACUGAAAAGUCAAAUGAAAACCCAACUCUCUCAGAGACCCUUCAGCUCAAAAGAAGUUCAGAGCAUCUUAUUAGAACCUCAUCAUCUGAAGAAUCUCCAGCCUACUGAAUGUAAAACUAUUCAAGGCAUUCUGCAUGAGAUUGGUGGAACUGGUAUAUUUGUUUUUCUCUUUGCUAGGGUUGUGGAACUCAGUAACUGUGAAGAAACUCAAGCAUUAUCAUUGAGAGUUAUAUUGUCAUUAAUUAAAUAUAACCAACAGAGAAUACAUGAAUUAGAAAAUUGUAAUGGACUAUCAAUGAUUCAUCAGGUGUUGAUCAAACAAAAAUGUAUUGUUGGCUUUCACAUUCUAAAGACUCUUCUUGAAGGUUGCUGUGGUGAAGAUAUUAUUCAUAUUAAUGAGAAUGGAGAAUUUAAAUUGGAUGUAGAGUCUCAUGCUAUAAUCCACGAUGUUAAACUGCUAGAGGAGAUACUGCUUGACUGGAAGAUAUGGAAUAAAGCAGAGCAAGGUGUUUGGGAAACUCUAUUAACAGCUCUAGAGGUCCUCAUCAGAGCAGAUCACCAACAGCAGAUGUUUAAUAUUAAGCAGUUAUUGAAAGCUCAAGUGGUUCAUCAUUUUUUGCUGACUUGUCAGGUUUUGCAGGAACACAAAGAGGGGCAACUUACAUCCAUGCCCCGUGAGGUUUGUAAAUCAUUUGUGAAAAUUAUAGCAGAAGUCCUUGGAUCUCCUCCAGAUUUGGAAUUAUUGACAAUUGUCUUCAAUUUCCUUUUAGCAGUUCACCCUCCUACUAAUACUUAUGUUUGUCACAACCCCACAAACUUCUACUUUUCUUUGCAUAUAGAUGGCAAGAUUUUUCAGGAGAAAGUACAGUCAAUCAUGUACCUGAGGCAUUCCAGCAGUGGAGGAAAGUCUGUUAAUAGCCCUGGGUUUAUGGUAAUAAGCCCAUCUAGUUUUAUAGCUUCACCACCUGAAGGAAACAAUGCCUCCAAUAUUAUUCCACAACAGAUGGCUGCCAACAUGCAGCGUUCUAAAAGCCUACCAGUGCUUCCUACUUUUUCACCUCUAAUGCGACAACAAAAACUGACUGGAAGUUUGGGUUGUAUUGACAAAUUACAAGAUAAUUGUGCUGCUUCCCAACCAAAGAAACGGAAUCAUCUGGACAGUUCUGAUACACUGAUAAAAGGCAAAGAAGAUGUAUCCAUCAGUAGCUGUGAAUCUGCCAAAACUGUUUGUGAAAUGGAAGCUCUCCUUUCAGCCCAAGCCCCUGUCAAUGGUGUCACAAAAGGAACACUGAGAUUUCCGGAGGCCAAAGUAAAUCACAAAGAGUUGGGAGCAGAACCCAGAUCAGACAGUGACAGCCCUGGGGAUGAGUCCUGUCCACGCCGACCUGAUUACCUGAAGGGACUGCCCACAUUACAGCAAAGCCACAGCACUGUUGCAAGCCUAGGACUAGCUUUUCCUUCACAAAAUGGAUCUGCAACCAUUGGCCGUUGGCCAAGUCUUAUUGACAGGAACACUGAUGAUUGGGAAAACUUUGCCUUUUCUCUUGGUUAUGAGCCAAACUAUCACCAAACAACAAAUGCUCACAGUGUAAGUGAAGACUGUCUGGUGCCCAUAUGCUGCGGGUUAUAUGAACUUUUAAGUGGAGUUCUUCUCAUCCUACCUGAUAUUAUGCUUGAAGAUGUGAUGGACAAGCUUAUUCAAGCAGAUACACUUUUAGUCCUUGUUAACCACCCAUCACCUGCUAUACAACAAGGAGUUAUUAAAUUAUUAGAUGCAUAUUUUAAUAGAGCAUCUAAGGAACAAAAGGAUAAAUUUCUGAAGAAUCGCGGCUUUUCCUUGCUAGCCAAUCAGUUGUAUCUUCAUCAGGGAACUCAGGAAUUGUUAGAAUGCUUCAUUGAAAUGUUUUUGCGUCGACGUAUUGGCCUUGAUGAAGAGUUUGAUCUGGAAGAUAUAAAAAAUAUGGGACUUUUUCAGAUGUGGUCUGUUAUUCCUAUUCUGGGACUAAUAGAGACCUCACUAUAUGACAACAUGCUCUUGCAUAACUCUCUGCUACUUCUUCUCCAAAUAUUAAAUUCUUGUUCUAAGCUAGCAGAUAUGUUGUUGGACAAUGGUCUGCUGUAUGUGUUAUGUAAUACGGUAGCAGCACUGAAUGGAUUAGAAAAAAACAUUCCUUUGAAUGAAUACAAAUUGCUUGCUUGUGAUAUACAGCAACUUCUCAUAGCAGUUACAAUUCAUGCUUGCAGUUCCUCAGGCUCACAGUAUUUUAGAGUUAUUGAAGACCUUAUUGUACUUCUUGGAUACCUUCAAAAUAGCAAAAACAAGAAGACACAAAAUAUGGCUAUUGCUCUGCAGCUUAAAGUUCUUCAGGCUGCUAUGGAAUUUAUAAGAACCACUGCAAAUCAUGACUCUGAAAUCCUUACAGAAUCAUUCCAGUUGCCUUCUGUUCCCCACCAGGCAAUACUUCAAAAGCGGAAGAGCAUUGCUGGUCCUCGAAAAUUUCCACUUGCUCAGACUGACUCUCUUCUAAUGAAAAUGCGUUCAGUAGCAAGUGAUGAACUUUAUAUGAUGAUGCAACGGAGAAUGAGCCAGGAGAAUCCCGUCCAGGCAACGGAAAUAGAACUUGCACAGAGACUACAGAGGCUCACCAUUUUAGCAGUUAACAGGAUUAUUUAUCUAGAGUUUAAUCCAGACAUUAUCGACAUUUUGAGUACUCCAGAAAAUGCAACUCAAAGCAAGACCUCAGCUUCCCAGAAUGAAACUUUGGAAGAAAAUAUUCAUCAGGAACAACCUUCCGUUUUCAAUCCAUUUCAGAAAGAAAUGUACACAUACCUGGUAGAAGGAUUCAAAGUAUCCAUUGGUUCUAGUAAAACUAGUGGAUCCAAGCAACAGUGGAGUAAAAUCUUAUGGUCUUGUAAGGAAACCUUCCGAAUGCAGCUUGGGAGACUAUUAGUGCAUAUUUUGUCACCAGCACAUCCUUCACAAGAGAGAAAGCAAAUUUUUGAAAUAGUUCGUGAACCAAAUCAUCAAGAAAUACUACGAGAUUGUCUUAGCCCAUCACUGCAACAUGGAGCCAAAUUAGUUUUGUAUUUGUCAGAAUUGAUUCAUAAUCACCAAGAUGAAUUGACUGAAGAAGAACUUGACACAGCAGAAUUGCUUAUGAAUGCUUUAAAAUUAUGUGGUCAUAAGUGCAUUCCUCCCAGUGCAUCAACGAAAUCAGAUCUUAUUAAAAUGAUCAAAGAGGAACAAAAGAAAUAUGAAACUGAAGAAGGUGUGAAUAAAGCCACCUGGCAGAAAACAGUUAAUAAUAAUCAACAAAGUCUCUUUCAGCGUCUUGAUUCAAAAUCAAAGGAUAUAUCAAAAAUAGCUGCAGAUAUCACCCAGGCAGUGUCUCUCUCCCAAGGAAUUGAGAGAAAAAAGGUGAUCCAGCAUAUUAGAGGAAUGUAUAAGGUAGAUUUGAGUGCCAGCAGACAUUGGCAGGAACUUAUUCAACAACUGACACAUGACAGAGCAGUCUGGUAUGACCCUAUCUACUAUCCAACUUCAUGGCAACUGGAUCCAACAGAAGGUCCAAACAGAGAGAGGAGACGUUUACAGAGAUGUUACUUAACUAUUCCAAAUAAGUAUCUCCUUAGGGAUAGACAAAAAUCAGAAGACGUGGUCAAACCACCACUCUCUUACUUAUUUGAAGACAAAACUCAUUCUUCUCUCUCUUCUACUGUAAAAGAUAAAGCUGCAAGUGAGUCUAUAAGAGUGAAUCGAAGAUGUAUCAGUGUCGCACCAUCUAGAGAGACAGCUGGCGAACUGUUAUUAGGUAAAUGUGGAAUGUAUUUUGUGGAAGAUAAUGCUUCUGACACAGUUGAAAGUUCGAACCUCCAGGGAGAAUUGGAACCAGCCUCAUUUUCCUGGACAUAUGAAGAAAUUAAAGAAGUUCACAAGCGUUGGUGGCAAUUGAGAGAUAAUGCUGUAGAAAUCUUUUUAACCAAUGGCAGAACACUCCUGUUAGCCUUUGAUAACACCAAGGUUCGUGAUGAUGUAUACCACAGUAUAUUAACAAAUAACCUCCCUAAUCUCCUGGAAUAUGGCAACAUCACUGCUCUGACAAAUUUAUGGUAUACUGGACAAAUUACUAAUUUUGAAUAUUUGACUCACUUAAACAAGCAUGCUGGCCGCUCCUUCAAUGACCUCAUGCAGUAUCCAGUGUUCCCAUUUAUACUUGCUGAUUAUGUUAGUGAGACCCUUGACCUCAGUGAUCCAUCAGUCUACAGAAAUCUCUCUAAGCCAAUAGCUGUUCAGUAUAAAGAAAAAGAAGAUCGCUAUGUGGACACAUACAAGUACUUGGAGGAAGAGUACCGCAAAGGGGCCAGGGAAGAUGACCCCAUGCCUCCCGUGCAGCCCUACCACUACGGCUCGCACUAUUCCAACAGCGGCACCGUGCUGCACUUCCUGGUCAGGAUGCCUCCUUUCACAAAAAUGUUUUUAGCCUAUCAAGAUCAAAGUUUUGACAUUCCAGACAGAACUUUUCAUUCUACAAAUACAACUUGGCGCCUCUCAUCUUUUGAAUCCAUGACUGAUGUGAAAGAACUUAUACCAGAAUUUUUCUAUCUUCCAGAGUUUUUAGUUAACCGUGAAGGCUUUGAUUUUGGUGUGCGUCAGAAUGGUGAACGGGUUAAUCAUGUCAACCUCCCACCAUGGGCACGUAAUGACCCCCGUCUUUUUAUCCUCAUCCAUCGACAAGCUCUAGAGUCUGACUACGUGUCCCAGAACAUCUGUCAGUGGAUUGACUUAGUGUUCGGUUAUAAGCAAAAAGGGAAGGCUUCGGUUCAAGCCAUCAAUGUUUUUCAUCCUGCUACAUAUUUUGGAAUGGAUGUCUCUGCAGUUGAAGAUCCAGUUCAGAGACGUGCACUAGAAACCAUGAUAAAAACCUAUGGUCAAACCCCUCGUCAGUUGUUCCAGUCAGCGCAUGCCAGCAGACCUGGAUCCAAGCUCAACAUUGAAGGAGAGUUUCCUACUGCCGUGGGAUUGUUAGUGCAGUUUGCUUUCAGGGAAACCCGAGAGCAGGUCAAAGAAAUUACCUACCCGAGUCCUUUAUCAUGGAUAAAAGGCCUAAAGUGGGGAGAGUUUGUAGGUUCCCCAAGUGCUCCAGUACCUGUGGUCUGCUUCAGCCAGCCCCACGGAGAAAGAUUUGGUUCUCUCCAGGCUCUGCCCACCAGAGCAAUCUGUGGCUUGUCCCGAAAUUUCUGUCUUCUGAUGACAUACAGCAAAGAAAAAGGUGUGAGAAGCAUGAACAGUACUGACAUUCAGUGGUCAGCCAUCCUGAGCUGGGGAUAUGCUGAUAACAUUUUAAGGUUGAAGAGUAAACAAAGUGAACCUCCAAUAAACUUUAUACAAAGUUCACAACAGUAUCAGGUGACUAGCUGUGCCUGGGUACCUGACAGUUGUCAGCUGUUCACCGGGAGCAAGUGUGGUGUCAUCACAGCCUACACGAACAGAUUUACGAGCAGCACGCCAUCAGAGAUAGAAAUGGAGUCUCAGAUACAUCUCUAUGGGCACACAGAAGAGAUUACCAGCUUAUUUGUUUGCAAACCUUACAGUAUAAUGAUAAGUGUGAGCAGAGAUGGAACCUGCAUCAUAUGGGAUUUAAACAGAUUGUGCUAUGUACAGAGUCUAGCAGGACACAAAAGUCCUGUCACAGCUGUCUCUGCCAGUGAAACUACAGGUGAUAUUGCCACUGUGUGUGAUUCAGCUGGUGGAGGCAGUGACCUCAGACUCUGGACAGUGAAUGGGGAUCUUGUUGGACAUGUCCACUGCAGGGAAAACAUUUGUUCCGUUGCUUUCUCUAACCAACCUGAGGGAGUAUCUAUCAAUGUGAUUGCUGGGGGAUUAGAAAAUGGAAUUGUAAGAUUAUGGAGUACCUGGGACCUAAAACCUGUACGAGAAAUUACAUUUCCUAAAUCAAAUAAGCCAAUUGUAAGCCUUACAUAUUCCUGUGACGGCCACCAUUUGUACACAGCAAACAGCGAUGGGACCGUGAUUGCCUGGUGUCGGAAGGAUCAGCAGCGCUUGAAACAGCCGAUGUUCUAUUCUUUCCUUAGCAGCUAUGCAGCGGGAUGAAAGAGAACUUUGCAUUCUCCAAAGCACUUUAAUUCUGAACUAGAUUUGUUGACUUCACCAGUUUUAGGAGGUUGAACCUAAAGAAAUGGAUGACCAAAAAAAAAAAUCAUCCAAAUGAUGAUAAAAUCUGUUCAUCUGCACAAAAUUCUGCAUUCUCAAGGUUCUAAGAGGAAAGUUUUGUUAUAAUUUAGUGAUAAUCUGGACAGUUCUGUUAGCAUUCUCUAACCAACAAGAUUUAAGUCUUACAUGGUAGAUUAAAAACAUUCUUAAAGUUUUUUCCCACAAGGCCAUUCUAAAGAAAAAAUUAGGGUCUCUCCUUUUUCUAUUAGCUAUAUAAUUAUUUAUAUAAAAUACUCUUUAAAAUAAUAAUAUUUUCCAAAUGUUAUGUGACAAUACCACCCCCAACCCCCCCAAAAAAAGGAAAGAAAAUGAUUAUGAACUCAGGCCUCAAUAACUGCUCUCUCUGAGAAGUAAGUAAUCUGGUAGGUGCCUCUAUACCAAACAUUUCAUGGAAUAUCUGAAUACUAAAAACAAAUUACCGGUGAAUCUCAAUGGUAGGCAGAUUUUUCCAGUUGCCUUCUUAGCUCAAAGUAAACCUAAAAUCUCUUUCACAGUCACAAACAACACAGGUAUUUUUUUUUUCAUACACAUUCUGUUUCUUCAUAAAAAUCCUCCUUAAAAUCCAUAACGCUAGAUACUUAAUAUCUUUGAGUCACUAAGAUUUAAAGACCGUGAUCAUUCUCUUAAUAUCUGCCAUUUACGGAACAUUGGAUACUUACCAAUCUACAGUAGAAAGCCUCCACAAUGCAGGAGUUUGCACCAGUAUUAAUAGCAUAGUCUAGAUCAGGCAUUUAAUGUACAGUGAAAGAAUUACAAAAGCAAAGAUAGUUUGCUUUGUUUUAAACAGGAAGUAGAUACUUCGAGGAAACAGUUUCCACUCUUUCUACUAACCUAGUACACACCCACUCACCCAUCCCCCAGAAUUCUAGGAACAGAAAAAAUCUAAGUGUCUCCACACCAAAUUUACAUGCCACAAACACAGAAUUCCUAAAAAUCUUGGAAUAGUCUAUUUUUACCGUGAUAUUAUGCCUAUAUUUUUACUUGGGGUGCUGCUUUAUUUGCUUCAAAAACCCUGUAAAAUAAGCUCAGUAAUAUGUUACUGUGGGAUAAAAGUAUGUAUUCUUGUGCAUUUAUUAUGAAAAUUUAAUUCAUAUGGUGUUUACAGAACUACUUUUGUAACUUUCAGACUUUCUAAAACAUUCUGCUUAAAAACUAUCUAAAUCAAUUCCAAAGUCUCUGCUGUCAAGAUAAAUAAGAGGAAGCAAGGGGUCAUGUAUGCUCAUUAUUUAAACUGCAUACAUAAGUACACUUCUCAGCUGCAUUUAGAGUAUGGUUUUCACAGACCAGGUAUUCUGAGGUCCAAGUAGGUGCAGAGAUGAGAUUAUUCCUAUUCACGUUGAAGUGAUUUGCUUUGUUUAAAAAAAAUUGCAGCUAUUGUCUAUCUUCAUUUUUCUACUGAGAACUUUAAAUUAGUUCCCUAUUAGAAUAGGGUUACUACUCAGUUUUUUUAAGGCCUAAUUUCAUCAUUUAUCUUAAGAGAAAAUAUGCAAAAUAACUGGUCUUGUUAAGAGUGCAAUAUUAUAUUUUUAUGUAAAAAUAAAAAUAAAUUUGGGGGGAUUAUUUAUUCAGCAUGAAACAAUAUGUAUAUGUUUGAAACACUUCAUAAAGUGCAUGUUAUAGCAAACUUUAUGUAAAUUACCAUAAGCUGUUAUCUUUGUAUACACUGCCAUUUCAAAUUGGGAAUAAAUUUCAUAAA